CAAAGGAACCAAGUCGAAAAGAAGGAACCUGAAGCUGAAAUGGUACCAAAAUCAAAAGUUGGUUGAUAAGAAGGAACCUGCAAAGGAACAACGGGUGGAAACGAAGGAACCUGAAGCUGAAAUGGUACCAAAAUCAAAGUUGGUUGAUAAGAAGGAACCUGCAAAGGAACAACGGUUGAAAGGAAUGAACCUGAAGCUGAAAUGAUACUAAAUCAAAGUCAGUUGAUAAGAAGGAACCUACAAAGGAACAACAGGUCGAAAGAAGGAACCUGAAGCUGAAAUGGUACCAAAAUCAAAGUCGGUUGAUAAGAAGGAACAACCGAUCGAAAAAGGAACCUGAAGCUCAAAUGGUUCCCAAAUCAAAGUCGAUUGAUAAGAAGAAACCUACAAAGGAACAACAGUUGAAAAGAAGGAACCUGAAGCUGAAAUAAUACCAAAAUCAAAGUCGAUUGAAAAGGGAACUUGUAAAGGAACAACGGUCGGUUGAAAAGAAGGAACUUGCAAAUGAACAAUGGGUGGAAAAGAAGGAACCUGCAAAAGAACAACGGGUCAAAAAGAAGAAACCUGAAGCUGAAAUGGUACCUGAAUUAAAGUCGGUUGAUAAGAAGGAACCUGCAAUGGAACAACGGGUCGAAACAAAGAAAUUUGAAGCUGAAAUGGUAUUAAAAUCAAUUUGGUUGAAAAGAAGGAACCUGAAGUGGAAGCUGAAAAGGUACCAAAACCAAAGUUGGUUGAAAAGAAACCUGAAGAGGUACCCAAGGUGCAGACUAUUGAGGAAAAUAUCAAAGCAGUAAAGGGGUUGAUCAAUGGCAAGGUGAAGUAUAUGAAGAGGUUAUUGAGAAAGAAAGUAUUUUACAGAGAGAACCAGAAGAAUCCGAGUCCAAUAAAGAGGAAGGAAUCGAAGAGAAUAUUGAAAAAGAAGCAGCAGAGGAAGUGGAGAAUGUAAUUCACGAGGAACCUGAAGAAGGAAUGCAAAAAGAACCUGAGAUUGAAAAAGUGGUGGAAACUAAUCAAGUUUUGGAAAGACGAGAAAAGAUCUCCGAAGAAAAGGUUGCAGAACCAGAAAUAAUGGAGCCUGGGGUGGUCGAACUUGAACCAGAGAUGAACGAGAAGGCAUCAACCGAAGCACCCAAAGGAAAGGAACCUCCUGAUGAGAUUCAUAAGGUUGAAGAAACAGGGGAUGCAGCUCAGAAAGCAGAGUUACCAAGUGAAAAAGAAGAUGAAAAGAUUGUUAAGGAGAACGAUCAAGUAGAAGAUUUAGCUUUCGAACAAUCAGGAGACCACGAAAGUGUAGAAGACACUGGAGAAUCUUUAAUGGAACCUGAACCUGAUGAAGAGCCAAAGGAAGAUGAAUCAGAUAAACAUUAUGAGGAGAAUGAAACUGAGAAUAUGGAGGGUGAAAUUGGAGAAGAAAGUGAAGGGGAUGCAGAUGGUGAAAAACAAAAUGGAGGCGACAUGAAUACGGCAUCUCCCGAAACAGAUGCUGAGAAAGCUCCAAUUGAAGGGGCAUCUAUGGAGGAGGAGAAGCCAAAAAAGAAUAAACUGCAGAAACCCUUAAUGUUUGCAGGAUCAGCAUUUAUUGUCUCUCUCGUUGUGAUAAACGGUAGUGUUUUAAAGGAGACAAAGUUGAAGUAUGCAGCAAGUAAGAAGGGUUUUUCGGGUUUGUACUAUGAAGCUAAGGAUGAAGAAGAUCAGACUCGUCUGUUGGUCAAGAUAGUUUCAUUUGGUGAGGUCCUAUCGGUGCCUCUAAUGACCACUAAUGAAGCCACUCGGGUUUUCAAUCAUCUUGAAAGGGUGGAUGCUUUCAACAAUCAUGGUUGGCGGGUGGGGAUUAUUACUGGAAAACAAAAGUUAAAGUAUUUGCUUUCUACAAAAACAAAAGUUUCAAGGGAUUAA